UAACACGUGUCUAUUUCAAUAACACUUUUGCUUACCGACUGCACACAAUGUUUUCUUCUUCACUUCCUCUUCCCUUCUCCCUCUCUGCUCGAAAUCUUAUUCAUAAUCACCAAAACACAAGCUCAAUAUCCUCAAAUCGACCCUUUGACCCUGACCGGGCCUCAUUAGGUCGGUAAUUCGUAAAUAUGAAGAGGGUGAAUAGAAACCCGGACAGUGAACCGGGAAAACAGUCGGAUCCUAAUGAGCAGAGUGCUAUGAAUGAACCGGGAAGGAAAUGUGGGUUUAACCCGAUGAGAAUGAUGGUUUUUUUUGUGGUUUCAUUGAUGGUUGUUUCAGUUUUUUUUUCGUUAUCUGUGGUUCUUAAAGACCCACCUUCAGAUAGUGCUCCGGAAUCUUCACGACCAAAGGUUGUUGAAGUUGAAGAAGAAAAAGUCCUAUGUUCAGAAGGUUUAUCAAAUUCUGCUCGGGUCGCUCAGGGCAAGCUGCUAGGUGGUCUUCUUGCCAAUGGAUUCAAUGAGGAAACCUGUAUUAGUAGGUAUCAAUCAGUCUCUUAUCGCAAAGAACUACCCCAUAAACCUUCUUCUUACCUUAUUUCUAGUUUACGGAAUUAUGAAGCUCUUCAUAAAAAAUGUGGACCUCACACUGAAUCCUAUAAAAUGGCAGUUGAACAACUUAAGUCUGGGAAUAAUCCUGAAUCCUCUGAUUGUAGUUAUCUAGUGUGGAUCUCCUUUAGUGGACUAGGAAAUAGGAUACUGACAUUAGCUUCAGCAUUUCUCUACGCUCUUGUCACAAACCGAGUUCUACUUAUAGACCCUGGAGUUGACAUGGCAGAUCUUUUUUGUGAACCAUUUCCUGAUGUCUUCUGGUUUCUUCCCUUAGAUUUCCCUCUUAAAGGUCAGUUCAACAGCUUUAAUCAGAGAUCUCCUGCUUGUUAUGGAAGAAUGCUGAAGGAUAGCAAUUCUACAAAUUUACAUAGACUGAUGCCUCCAAUUUAUGUUUAUCUCCAUCUAGUCCAUGAUUAUGACGAUCAAGAUAAGCUUUUCUUCUGUGAUGAAGAUCAAGCUUUUCUUCGGAAAAUACCUUGGUUGAUAAUCAAAACAGACAACUACUUUGUCCCAUCUCUAUUCUUGAUUCCAUCUUUUGAGCAAGAAUUGAACAAUCUAUUUCCAAACAAGGAAGUUUUUCACUACUUGGGUCGAUAUCUCUUUCACCCCACAAAUUCAGUGUGGGGACUUAUUACUAGAUACUAUCACACUUAUUUAGCUAAAGCAGAUGAAAAAAUAGGCAUUCAGAUUAGAAUAUUCGGUUCUGGGACCAGUCCAUUCGAAUAUGUGUUGGAUCAGAUACUAAAUUGCACAGUCAGGGAGAAUAUACUGCCCGAAUUCAACAGGCAGGAACAGGAUCCCAGCCAAUAUGGAACUCAGAAGUCUAAAGCUCUGCUGGUGACAUCUUUAAGCUCUUGGUACUCUCAGAAGAUGAGAAACAUGUAUUGGGAACACCCAUCCAUGACAGGGGAAUUGAUAGGUAUUUACCAGCCAAGUCAUGAAGAGUAUCAGCAAACAGAAAAGCAGAAUCAUAACCGGAAGGCUUGGGCAGAAAUGUACUUGCUGAGCUUGACUGAUGUAUUAGUCACGAGUUCAUGGUCCACUUUUGGUUAUGUAGCUCAAGGUCUAGGCGGAUUGAAGCCAUGGAUACUGUACAAACCUGAGAAUCAAUCAGCCCCUGAUCCACCCUGUCGUCGAGCCAUGUCUGCAGAACCUUGUUUUCAUGCACCUCCAUUUUACGACUGCAAAGCUCGGAAAGGCAUUGACACGGGAGCACUUGUGCCUCAUGUGAGGCACUGUGAGGACAUGAGUUGGGGUCUCAAGCUUGUUGAUGUUUAAAAUGAAUUCUAGCUAGUUUCGCAUGCUGUAAUUGUUUUGAUCCAUAGUUACCAAUGUUUUCAAACUGUACAUAAAAAACAAGAAUUCAUUUUAUAAAAACUCAUGAUUCUUGAAGCGAGCAUCAA